AUGACACUUACAGUUCCGAAAUAUAUCCAUAUAGUUUCUAAUUCAAACAUCAAUUCUUUACCCUCAACAAUUAUUGCAACUGAUAUAAGCAUAACAGAGGAAGAAGAACCUUGUGAAUUACAUGAUUCUAUUGGCUGUACACAAUGCAAUAAAAAAAAUUUAGGUAAAGUUUCUCAAUCCUUGAAAAGGUCAAUAUCCCAAAAUGCAAUUAAUAGCAUGAAGAAAAGAAAUUCCAUACCUACAUUGCGAAAAACGAUUUCACAGACUAGCUUAUAUAGUACAGGUUCAACAAAUUCUCAAUCUUUGAAUGAUGAUUCUUUUAAUGAAUUCUGCAAAUUCUUGUACGGCGAACGACAUCUUCAAAAGAUGAACACGCUGUGGGAUCAAUUACCACAAGAGGCAAAAGAUGUAUUCAUGGCAAAGGCAAUUCAUAAAAAACAAAUAAACAAUAAUAAUCGAUUAAAUAUCAAUGAUUUAGAGGAAUUAUUUACUAAAGAUUAUUUUUCUUUUAAGAAUUCGCUCAUUAAUUCCAGGAAUAAAAAUGCAACUCAAACCUAUAAACCUACUCCAGGAACAAAAGAUCCAACAAUCUCCCAAACCAUUAGUCAAAUACGUAACAAUGUGUUAAUUGAUAAUGAAGUUUCAAUGAACAAGACUGAGAUAAAUCGAUGUCUUCCAAAUUUAAACUCCCCAUCUAUCCAUGAGGUAGAUAUACUCAAUACUAGAACUUCCUUAUCUGUUGAAGAUGGCGAAGACAUAAACGUAAUUAAUUCUUGGAAAGAAAAAGAUGAAUUAAUGGCUAAGAUAAAAGAAUUAAAUAUACUAAUAGAAAGGUUUGAGAAUAUUACCUUGAAUUCUUCAAUGCCACCAACUUCGAAUGAUAUUGGUUCUAAUCUAAAUAAUCAGCAAAAAAUAAGUCAAGAAAUAAAGACAAUUACAAGAGAUCUUCCCUAUACAAUUAAAUACAAUAAUCGAACCCCUUCUAGAACCCCUUCUAGAACUACUGCUAGAACUACUGCUAGAACCACUGCUAAAGCCUCUACUAAAAGCCAUACUUAUAUUUAUACUAAGAACCGUAGAGCAUCAAACACUCAGCAUACGAUUGCUUCUACAAAUAAUUAUAACGAAAAUAUUAAAAAAUUGGAAAACAAUCAAACCUCUUUCUUUAAAAGAUUCACUGAGAAUUCCCAUAGACUUGUAAAAAGAUUUAAACGAUUUAAAGGUUCUCCUUCUUUAGAUUUGUAUAGAAGACCAAUUCCAGCAAUGAAUGUUGCUGUCCAGUCUAGAGUUCAUUGCAAAAGUUGA